AUGGGGGACCCAAACUCUCGCAAGAAACAGGCUCUGAACAGGCUGCGCUCCCAGCUAAGGAAGAAGAAAGAGUCUCUGGCUGACCAGUUUGACUUCAAGAUGUACGUCGCCUUUGUGUUCAAAGACAAGAAAAAGAAGUCAGCUCUGUUCGAAGUGGCUGAUGUUAUACCAGUUAUGACUAACAAUUAUGAAGAAAAUAUACUGAAAGGUGUGCGGGAUUCCAGCUAUUCCUUGGAAAGUUCCCUUGAGCUUCUGCAGAAAGGAUGUUGUACAGCUUCAUGCACCUCGCUAUCAGUCCAUGCGCGGAGGGAUGUAAUUGGGUGUACUCAAGAGAUGGACUUUAUUCUUUGGGCCUCGGGAAAUGAUAUAGAGAAGAUUGUUUGUCUUCUGUUUUCAAGAUGGAAGGGAUCUGAUGAGCCCUUUAGGCCUGUUUUGGCCAAGUUUGAAUUUCAUCAUGGUGAUUAUGAAAAACAUCUUCUGCACGUACUGAGCCGGAAGGACAAGACUGGAAUUGUUCUGAACAAUCCUAGCCAGUCAGUGUUCCUCUUCAUCGACAGACAGCACUUGCAGACUCCUAAAAGCAAAGCCACGAUCUUCAAGUUAUGCAGCAUCUGCCUCUACCUGCCACAGGAACAGCUCACCCAUUGGACGGUUGGCACUGUUGAGGAUCACCUUCACCCUUACAUGCCCGAGUAA